AUUUGCAUUUUGAUCGGUCACGUUCGAGCCUCCGAUUUCAGCGAUUUAAGGGGUCCAUACUGCGAAAAGAGAUCAGGAGGAUGCUGUCCGGGACGAAUGGAUGAAUGUUCGGUACCCAUUUUAGGUACUCUUUGUUACUGCGAUGAAUUUUGCAACAGGACGAGAUCCGACGAUUGUUGUCCCGAUUAUUGGACGUUUUGCAAAGGAUUUCCGGUUCCGUCUCCGGCACCGGAACCCACAAGGAGUAAGUUUUAUUUAUUUAUUUACUAA